AUGAAGAAGAAAGGAGUUGAAGAAUCCAAAAGUAAAUACGCAGUGAACACUGAUUUAAUUGAUUCUUACCUACAAGAUGAAUUUGAAGUGCAAGAUAUUGCUGCAUUCAGAGAGCAAGCUGCAGCUAGACUUUUAGCAAAAGAAAAUAAGCCGAAAUCUGCAAUGCUGCCGGCUCAAGGUAUGGCAACUCCAGCUGAGCUUAAAAGAGAAAUUGCCAAGGCAAAAGGAAACCCUUCUCUUCAGCUGAGUCUGAUGGAUUCUUUAAUAUCGAAAUCCAACAACGAUGAAAAAGUUGCGCUACUUGAAGAAAAAAUAGAAAUCUUGUUGCAAAAUAAUAGACUGAAAGAAGCAGAAGCUGAUAGUAAAACUUUGGUUUCUAUAAAAGACUGCUCAAGAAAUAGAUUGACUUAUUCAAAAGUGCUAAUUCAGCUAAAAGAUCCUCAAAGUGCAAUGUCAGAGUUCUUAAGAGCUUCAGUUAUAGCGGAUGAGGAAGUAGAAAUCAAUGAACAUUUUGUCCAUAUACUGGCAUUACUGCAAAAAGCGAAUCUUCCUAACUGUCUUUAUACAGCUGGAUCUAAUAUAAAUUUUACUCUUGGAGAUGGAACUCAAAAUACAUGUGAAAAACCUAACUCUCUAUUCUUAGCAAGCAAAACCAUAGAAAAGUCCUAUUUUUGUCAAAAAUAACAUUUAAUCUAGAAUAUAUACGCAAAAUCUCUAAAAAAUUAAAUCACCUGAGCCAAAAUUUUUGCUUGUGAAUGGGUAGUAAGCCAAUUAUAGAGUUGAAAGGGAAAAUCCCAAUAAAAGCAGCCUGUGGAGAUUUUCACACAAUUUUGAUAGUGUCUGGGUGCCCGCAUAUAGCUAGGCAUGAAAAUUGUCCUAACAACAUUACAAAUUGUAAUGGAGGAAAUGACGUUUUAGCUUGGGGGGAUAAUUCAUAUGGCCAGGUCCUUUCCGUUCCAACUCAUAGUCCUGUGAGAAGACCUACAGGAUUAGGAUGCUUUGUUGGGAAAAACGUAAAAGAUGUAAGUGCCUCCAAACGGCUGUCUGCUGCUAUAUUAGGAGAUAACUCAGUAGUGCUUUGGGGAGACCUACCAGAAGUUGAAGAAAAUCUUAUUGAGUUCAGAACAAGUGCAAAACUUAUUGCAACCGGAGGCGAAUUUCUUGUGAUUGGAAGAGAUGACGGCUGUUUCUUAUGGGGCGAAAUCAAUGAUCAUGGGACGGUUGCUGUUUCUUCUUUUAAUCAGCAAGAUAAGAUAUAUUUGCAGCCAAUAGGCCAGAUAACUCUUAAACAAAUUUGUGCAGGAGAGUAUCAUGCUAUUGCGCUGUCUGAAGACUCUCGUGUAUUUUCUAUAGGCUGUGGAGAAGUAGGUCAGCUUGGGCUAGGCCUAACUGCAACUUCAGUUUCAGAGCUAACACAUGUUUGACUUCCAGGCCCAGCCAAAGAAAUAGCAGCUGCUGGCCAGAUAAGUUUGGCAUUAACCAAUUCAAAUAUUUAUGUGUGAGGACUAAUAAACCCUGAUGAACUUGAGCAUCAAAGUCCUAUUGAAUGGCUCCCAAUUUCUUUGGAAGGCCAUGAUGAAGAAGAAAUUGCUGCAAUUGGGAUGGGGACACAUGAUUUAGUUGCUGUAGAUACUCAUGGAAAAUUUUAUGUAUGGGAUUGGACUUUUUCGAGAAGACUGAGAAGGCCACCUGAAGAAUAUAAGCUACUAGCGAACAUAAGGAAAUUAUACUCAGGGCGAUCAAUGCAUCAUUUUUUGCAGGGAGUCCUUAUUCCGCAGUUCACAAAAGUUAUAAAUUGUCCUAGCAGGGUUCCAUCAGAGCUGCCGUUUUUAUUGGAAUUACAAUUGUAUGACCAAAUCGGAGAAGUACUUCCUCACUCCUCCUCCAUUCGAGAGUGAAAAAAUUUUUUAUGAAAAAAUAUUUUGAUAUAUAUAAGUGAUAAUUAUUAUAAUAAAAUCCCUAGCUAAUUUGUAUAAUAUAAGCAGCUUACAUUUCAAAACAUACUUUUUAUAAAUUAAUAUAUAUAUUUGCUUUCCAUUUUCGCGAAUUGGGAUUUUUUAAAUUUUGGGGAAAAAAAUUACAAUAAAAAUUAUUAAUUUUGAAAAUAAAUUACAAUAAAAUUUAUUUAUAAAAAAAAUUAAUCCCUCUGUGAGCAAACAAUUUUUUUUUUCGUUUAUGGAGGGAGGAAGUCAGAAUCCAUUAAUCCAUAUAGUGUUUACAACUGAAAAUGUUGAAGGGAGAAGAUCAAAGCCUACUGAUAUAUCUGCUCUAGAGUUUCAAAUGGAAAUUCUGGAAAAUGAGCCAACCACUACUAUUCAAAUAGUUCCACUUAGAUAUGGAGAUUAUUGGAUGCAUAUCCUAGUAAACAAUAUUGAAAUUAUAAAUUCUCCAGUGCCUAUUUCAAUACAUCCAAGUGAGGAGCAAGAAGAAGCGAAGCGUGAAGAAGAAGAAAAAAGGCAGAGAGAGCUGGAAAAAGAAAACGCAAGAAUGCAAAAGCAAAUUGAGGCAGAAAUGGAAAGAAAAAGGGCAAGAGAAAUGCAAGAAGAAAUCAAUAAAAAGAAAAAACAAGAAACUGACAGAAGAGCUCAAGACGCUUUGAGAAUGUUUAGAGAGAGGCAAGCUAAAGAAAGAGAGACUAAAGAGGAAGAGAGAAGAAGAAGGAUUGAGGCAAAGGUGGGAGGAGGCUAUGAUCUUAGCAAAUUAAAGAAAUAA